AUGCGCCUUUCGACACGGCUCUCACGGAUUAUACCUGGCAGAGACGGUCAACCACAGUGGCAAGAGGUUAGCGAGUUAACAUUUCCUCGAGGUGGCAAGACGCUUGCAUUUGUAGGGCGAGGACACAUCGUGACAGUCGGAGUCUUUUUGCUUUGUGGAUACGCUUUUGCAAAAGCAAAAACGAAUCCAGAUUCGAAGUGGAGUCAAGUCUACAAUUGGCUGAGUAACUCUUCGGCAAAAUGGCUGAAAUCGGAGGAGAACGCACCCGCAAAGGACCUAUCACCGCCAGUGAGG